UCUCCCUCUCUCUGCAAAACAAACUGAACCAAACCGAACCCGACCCACACCACUCACUACCACUAACCGUUUAUAGACUUUUCUUUUUUGUUUUGAGAUCGCUUCAUUUAUUCAAGUUUCCACAAUUCCAAAGUUAACACCAACUAUUUUCUUCAGAGUGAAGAAAUGGCUUCCUUUUGGGGCUUCUUCUGCGCUAUUUAUCUUUUACAGGUUAUGUUCAUCGCUUCUUUGAAGACUGUGAAUUCGCAGGCACUUGGGGAAAACCAUACAAAAGAUUACUGUGCGAUGUAUGAUAUUUGUGGCGAACGCAGUGAUGGGAAAGUUUUGAAUUGUCCUUAUGGUUCGUCAGCUGUUAAGCCCGACGAGCUAUUUUCUGCCAAAAUCCAAAGUUUGUGUCCGUCAAUAAGUGGGAAUGUUUGUUGCACAGAGACCCAGUUCGACACAUUGCGAACUCAAGUACAACAAGCCAUUCCUUUUCUCGUUGGAUGUCCAGCAUGCUUGAGGAACUUUUUAAAUUUAUUCUGCGAACUUUCUUGCUCACCAAAUCAGAGUAUAUUUAUCAAUGUGACUUCUACCUCUGAGGUUAAUGGAAAUUUGACUGUGGAUGGUAUUGACUAUUACAUUACUGAUAAUUUUGGUGAAGGGCUUUUUAACUCUUGCAAGGAUGUAAAGUUUGGGACCAUGAACACACGGGCUAUAGAAUUUAUUGGUGCUGGUGCUAAAAGUUUUAAAGAAUGGUUUGCAUUUAUAGGUCAGAAAGCACCUCUGGGAUUUCCUGGUUCACCUUAUCUCAUCAACUUUAAGUCGAGUAUUACUAAGCCACAUGGAAUGGAGCCAAUGAAUGUGUCUGUUUAUUCAUGUGCUGACACUUCACUGGGGUGUUCUUGUGGCGAUUGCCCUUUAUCUCCUGCAUGUUCUAAUCUUGAACCUCCCUCCCCAUCUAAAGAAGAUACCUGCUCAAUUAAAAUCGGACCUCUCAAGGUCCGAUGCAUUGAACUUUCAGUCACUAUCUUGUAUAUAUUUCUCAUAUCUUCAUUCCUAGCGUGGAGUUUUUCUCAUCGUACAAAAGAGAGGAGAACACCUUCGUCUAGCGUGGAGCCGCUAUUGAAUGUACUCCAUGAUGAAAUCGACUCUGUCAAGGGCCAUGGAAUGGUGUCACAAGUUACAGAUGGGAUCCAACAACCUGCUGCUCAAAAAUACAUGUCAAGUUUUUUCAGGGGCUAUGGAGCCUGGGUUGCUAGAAAUCCCUCUCUUGUCCUCUGUUCCUCGCUAGCAAUUGUUCUUGUGCUUUGUCUUGGCCUAGUUCGUUUUAAUGUGGAGACACGGCCAGAGAAGCUUUGGGUAGGCCCUGGAAGUAGGGCGGCAGAAGAGAAACAGUUCUUUGACAGCCAUCUUGCUCCCUUCUACAGGAUUGAACAGCUCAUAAUUGCAACCAUUCCUGAUCCGCAUCUGGGAAAGCAACCAAGUAUUGUUACAGAGGAUAAUAUUCAGUUGCUCUUUGAAAUACAGAAUAAGGUUGAUGGAAUUCGUGCAAAUUACUCCGGUUCAACAGUUUCUCUGACUGACAUUUGCAUGAAGCCUCUAGGCCAGGAUUGUGCCACUCAAAGUAUUCUGCAGUAUUACAAAAUGGACCCUGAUAACUAUGACAUGUAUGGAGGAGUCGAACAUGCUGAAUAUUGUUUUCAGCAUUACUCUUCCGCCGACACAUGUUUGAGUGCAUUCAAGGCUCCACUUGAUCCAAGCACUGCAUUAGGAGGAUUUCCUGGCAACAAUUAUUCAGAGGCUUCUGCAUUUGUUGUUACCUACCCAGUUAAUAAUGCGGUUGACAAAGUAGGAGGUGAGAAUGGGAGGUCACUUGCCUGGGAAAAGGCUUUUAUAAAGUUAGCAAAGGAGGAACUGCUGCCUAUGGUUCAUUCUAGCAAUCUUACUCUUGCAUUUUCUUCUGAGAGUUCAAUUGAGGAGGAGUUAAAACGAGAGAGUACUGCAGAUGUUAUAACAAUAGUGAUAAGCUAUCUUGUUAUGUUUGCUUACAUAUCAGUGACCUUGGGAGAUGCUCCUCGAUUAUCUUCUUUCUACCUCUCAUCCAAGGUGCUUCUUGGUCUUUCAGGAGUUGUUCUAGUCAUGCUUUCUGUCCUUGGUUCUGUGGGACUUUUUAGUGCUCUUGGAGUUAAAUCUACAUUAAUUAUAAUGGAAGUUAUUCCUUUCCUUGUUCUGGCUGUAGGUGUAGAUAACAUGUGUAUAUUGGUGCAUGCUGUUAAACGUCAAUCCUUGGAGUUACCUAUAGAACAACGAAUAAGUAAUGCACUUGUUGAAGUUGGUCCGUCCAUAACGCUAGCUAGUUUAUCUGAGAUUCUAGCAUUUGCAGUUGGAAGUUUCAUUUCUAUGCCAGCUUGCCGAGUCUUCUCCAUGUUUGCAGCUUUGGCUGUUCUAUUGGACUUUUUUCUGCAAGUUACUGCUUUUGUGGCCUUGAUUGUUUUUGACUUUUCAAGAGCUGAGGAUAACAGGAUUGAUUGUUUUCCAUGCAUAAAGAUCCCUUCCUUGUCUGGGGAUUCUAGUGAAGGGAGCAGUCACAGAAGAACUGAUUUGCUGACCCGAUAUAUGGAGGAAGUUCAUGCCCCUAUUCUUGGAAUUUGGGCUGUUAAGAUGGUUGUCAUUGCAAUCUUUUUAGCAUUUACUUUAGCAAGCAUUGCACUAUCUACAAGAAUUGAGCCUGGUUUAGAGCAGCAGAUUGUACUUCCUCGUGAUUCAUACCUUCAGGGGUAUUUUGAUAAUAUUUCUAAGCAUCUCAGAGUUGGACCACCUUUGUAUUUUGUUGUUAAGGAUUUCAACUACAGCUCACAAUCAAGGCAAACAAACAAAUUAUGCUCUAUCAGUGGCUGUGAUUCAAACUCUCUUUUGAAUGAGAUAUCAAGAGCAUCUUCAACACCAGAAUCAAGCUACAUUGCUAAGCCAGCUGCAUCUUGGCUUGAUGACUUUCUUGUGUGGACCUCACCAGAGGCUUUUGGUUGCUGUCGGAAGUUUACUAAUGACUCUUAUUGCCCACCUGAUGAUCAGCCACCAUGCUGUUCACCUGAUGAAUCUCCUUGUGGCUUAGGUGGAGUGUGCAAAGACUGUACAACAUGCUUUCGCCACUCGGAUUUGGUCAAUGAUCGUCCAUCUACAGUCCAAUUUAUGGAGAAGCUUCCAUGGUUCCUGAAUGCACUACCAUCUGCUGAUUGUGCAAAAGGUGGUCACGGGGCAUAUACCAACAGUUUGGAUCUGAAUGGUUAUGAGAGUGGUAUUAUACAAGCCUCUGAGUUCCGUACCUAUCACACACCAGUGAACAAACAAGCUGAUUAUGUCAACUCAAUAAAAGCUGCAAGGGAAUUCAGCUCACGAGUUUCUGCAUCUUUGAAGAUGCAAAUCUUUCCGUACUCUGUGUUCUAUAUUUUCUUUGAACAAUAUCUGGACAUAUGGAGAAUAGCCUUAACAGACAUUGCUCUGGCACUCGGUGCUAUUUUUAUUGUCUGUCUGCUUAUAACUUCAAGUUUAUGGAGUUCACUAAUCAUUUUACUCAUUUUGGCUAUGAUUGUCGUGGACCUGAUGGGUGUAAUGGCAAUUUUGGACAUCCAACUAAAUGCAGUCUCAGUUGUAAACCUCAUAAUGUCUAUCGGGAUUGCUGUUGAGUUCUGCGUCCACAUUACACAUGCAUACUUGGUAAGCCAUGGGGAUAGGAACCAACGCAUGAAAAAGGCUCUGAGUACAAUGGGUGCUUCUGUUUUCAGUGGAAUUACUCUUACAAAGCUCGUUGGAGUCAUCGUCCUUUACUUCUCAAGAUCAGAAAUUUUUGUGGUUUAUUAUUUUCAGAUGUACCUGGCAUUGGUCCUCAUUGGCUUCUUGCAUGGCCUUGUAUUUUUACCUGUGGUUUUGAGUCUGUUUGGCCCGACCACAAGAAAAGCAACCAUUGAGCAACGAGAUGAAGAAUCUUCUCCCAAUUUGAGCUGAUUUUGGGCGAGUCACAAGUGCGAUACUAAUUUUUAUUUAGUGAUUCGUGCUCUUCGGACCAAGACAAGUUCCAAUUUUGCAUACUCUGAUAUGUAAACAAUAAUUAUGACUGGACAUAUUCAAAGGAACAAUUAGUGCGGACAGGAUCUUUUAAAGUAAUACAACAAAGAUCAUAAUGUAGGGAUAAUUAGUAAAAAUACUGUUUAUUAAUCUCUUUAAUUCCUGAUAUUACUUUGAAUAUUGUAUUACAAUAUAACACAAAGUCACUUGGUUUAGUAAAAUCCAAUGCAUGAAGUCAUGUGAUUGUAUGAUCAA